AGAAUUCGCGGCUUGCAUGUCGCGGUGCGAGUGAACGCGAAGCCGCGCCCCGCCCUCGAGCCUCGCUCUCUCGUCUUCUCUUUGGCCUCCUCUCCCACCACCUGCUCGCCUCACGCAAAAAGUCCACUUCUUUUUUCUGAUUCUGAUGGAUUCCCGCGGCCCCGCGACUCAAUCAUUCUGUCCCGACGCCGAGAGCAACCGAUGUGUUCGAUCCCAUAAUCUAAUCUCAAGUUGAUGGGCUUUUUAAUCAAUCAAUACACGCAGUGGAAUCCAACACGCAUCUUGGGAAGCUGGUCAACCGGUCCUUCUUCUCCUCUAUAUCUUCCUCCCAUCCGUGCCCUCCCAACCACGGACUCAGCCGAAGCCUCCUUCAGCCUCCCAGAAACCCUGUAACGCAACUCCAGGUUGGCAGUCCCUGCACAGCGUCUCCUUUUCGUCUGCGCAUUUUCCAUCAUCAGAAGGAAUGGUAUUCUGGCAAGGUUUGCUUGUAUGUCGUAUUUGUAGUUAUCGGAAUCAAGGAAAGCUCCUCCUGGCUACCACUUCGAUCUGUUAGAGCGAUAUACCAUGGGGCAAGCAGGGCAUCUCCAUCGUGUAAUGAUGCGUGUGAUUUGAGUUAAUGGAAGCAGUGAAGGUGUCUCUUAAGAAAUUAGGUGUUGGGACUGUUCUUGCUGGAUCUUACCCGUGGGUUCAUUCGUUAAGCAGAAGACCCCCCUUUAGUUGGCAGGUUAUGUGUGUUUUUGAGUACAAGUGUAGAAAAUUCUGUCAUCUCAAGAAAAAUGGGAGCAGAAAUUUCUCUUGAAGAAAGAGCCAGGCACAACCAUCAAUGCACGAGAAGCCUCCCAUUUCUAUGUUCUGAGAAAAUGGAGGAAUUUGACAAAAGUCCCAAAUCUUCAAGUGACCUCAAUGUCAGCUUUGGCUACCAGUGCAGUGCCUAUCAAAGCAGUCUUUGUUCUUCUGAAGUUAAUUAUAAGUUUGAACUCUCUUCUGGUGUUAAUAUCCAAGAAUCUAACAUCAACAAGAUGCGGAAUAGUUCUUUCUCUUGUUUGUCUGGUGCUGCGCUCAGUGCAAAUCAUACCUUGGCAAACACAAAUAUAUGCAAUGGUGUCAUUGGAGAGGAGAUUUUACCUGAGCUAGAUUCACCACAGUCUUUCAAAAGGGUGUUAUCUUCUGCAUCUCUUUCAAGGCUGGACUUGCAUUCACCGUCUUCUCCCUCUGACAGUGGCACACUUGAAGGGGUUCGAUCAUCAAGCUUUUUAAAUGCUAUGGAUGUACAAAUGGCUGGUGGAGCAGCCGGGGAAGACCGCGUACAAGCAGUAUGUUCUGAAGAGAAUGGAUGGCUCUUCUGUGGAGUAUAUGAUGGUUUUAAUGGACGGGAUGCUGCUGAUUUUUUAGCUGGAACACUUUAUGAAAACAUAGGCUAUAACCUAUUCCUGUUGGAGUGCAAGAUUAGUCAACAAAAUAAUGAGAAAAAUGUUCAACAUCCAUCCGGAGGACGCACCACUAAAAGUGAGCUGUCUUUGGCCAUCGAGAGCUUAAACAACAAGUUGAAGCCAAACUUGUUCCUGAAUUCUACAGAAGAAUGCUCAACUGAGUCAUUUCGGCUCGGUGUCCUGAAUUGCCUUACUAGCGCCUUAGUCCAAGCUGAAAAUGAUUUCAUGUAUAGGGUUGAGCAAGAAAUGGAUGAUCGCCCUGAUCUAGUUUCUGUUGGCUCUUGUGUCCUAACGGUGCUUCUUCAUGGGAUGGUCUUGUAUGCUAUGAAUCUAGGAGACAGUAGAGCUGUGUUGGCUACAAGUAGUCUCAUUAAAGAUGAUCCACCUCGAGCUAUUCAAUUAACUGAAACUCAUACACUUGAUAAUGAGGAGGAAUAUAGAAGAAUUUUAGCUGAUCAUCCUGAUGAUCCUUCUCCCGUAACUGGCGGAAGAGUGAAAGGAAAGCUGAAGCUUACUCGUGCAUUUGGUGUUGGUUAUUUGAAGAAGAGAAAUUUAAAUGAUGCUCUCAUGGGAAUUCUUCGUGUUCGUGACUUGCGUAGCCCACCAUAUGUUUAUACUCAUCCAUUCACCACAAGCCACGAGGUUUCGGAGAAUGACUUGUUUGUUGUUUUGGGAAGUGAUGGAUUGUUUGAUUUCUACACAAACGAUGAAGUUGUGCAACUGGUUCAUCAGUUUAUAGAGGAUCAUCCAUUUGAUGAUCCAGCAAAGCAUUUGAUCGAGCAGCUUUUGCUAAGAGCUGCAGAAAAUGCAGGUCUUACGACUGAAGAACUGAUGAACAUUCCUCUUGGGAGGAGGAGAAAGUAUCAUGACGAUGUUACUGUCAUCGUGAUCAUUCUAGGUAAUAAGCAAAGAACUUCAACGGCAUCCACAGCAAUUUAGAUGAGCAUUUUAGCGUGUUAGUGUACGUUACUAUUUUCCUCGAGACAGUUUGACGGAGAAGCUUUAGCUGAUGAAUAAAUGUUGUCGUUGCGUCUAUAUCGAGAUGUCUGACGAUUAGUGCCCUGUUGCGCUGUUAAUAGGUCUCAUGCUCGAUACAUGUUACAAGUAUCGCAAGUAUUGCUUUGUUUUCCAAGACAAGUUAUCCAUUGGUAUUUAGUCUUUGUUAGUCCAUAUGUUGAUGUAGCGAUUGCUCCAGCCAGUGUUU